AUGGGGGCUUCUUCCUACUCCCCUGUUGAAGGCCACCGGUCGGGACCCACUCGGGGAGCUUUGGAAUCACCUGGGCUGCAGGGGGUACGGGUGGGAGGAGGAGGAGGAGGAGGAGGAAUUGGGGAGGGCAGCGGCGGCGGAAGUUGGAACCAUGCAAGCCACCAUCCUGCUGCUGCUCUGUCCUUGUCUCUGCCCGUGACUCAACAUGACUCGUCUACUGCUGCUGCUGCUGCUGGUACGACUGCUAUCCGUUGUGCUGGACAGGAGGCGAUUCACCAGGGCCGUGCGCGGAUCCGCGGAUGGAUUACGCCCAUGAUCCCUGCCGCUGCUGUUCCUCCUCCUCCUCCCCCUCCCCCUCGUCACCCUGCUGCCGCUGCCGCUGCUGCUGCUGCUGCCGGUGCUGCCUUCUGUAGUAACGGGUCGGGCAGUGAAAGCGGCAGAAGUGGGGAUUGGAGGAGUGGGGUGUGUGCAGCGCGUGGGGGGGCAGAGGCGGCGGGUGCGGCGGCGGGGGCGGGGUGUUUUCCAGGCGGUGGGGAUGAGGAGGGGCAUGGGGGGGGCUUUGGUGGAGGGGGCGCAGGCGCGGGGGCGGGUGCAUGUGGAGGGCGGAGAGGCGGAGGGGGAGGAAGAGGAGGACGGGGUGGGGGUGGAGGGAGAGGGAGAGGGUAUAAACGGGGGCUGGGGUGCGACUGGACUACUAUGGAUGAGAGGGAGGAGACUGCUCCUGCUGGUACUGCUGCGUAUGCUGCUGUUGCUACUGGUGCGGUGAGAGGGAACGGGGUACCAGCACGGGCGAAUGUAUCAACUAUGAACCAGGUUCAGGCGCCAGGGGGGGCAACAUUUCCUGCUGCGUCGGCGAUGGAGACAGGGCAGGAGAAAAAAGCCGGGGUGGAAAAUCAAGAGGAGCUGGAUGUUCAAAUCUCCCUGGGAUCUCCACCGACCAUGUCAAGAGCCCCGUCUCGUUCCUCUCACUCUUCUCACCUGUUUCACCUGCCUCGAACAGGCUCGGAGAACCGCGUGGGAUCAGUGCAGCUUCACAUCCGCCAGGAGGAACCGCAGCCGCAGCAACAGCAGCAGCAGCAGCAGCAGCAGCAAUGGCAGCAGCAGCAGCAGCAGCAGCAGCAAUGGCAGCAGCAAUGGCAGCAGCAGCACCACCACAACCCGAACGACCAGGAACCUUACCAUUAUCCCAUGACACGAAGCUCUUCACCGCUUGUCCUUCCCUCUCUUCCUGUGCUCCCCUCUGGCCCUAUGAGUGCCACUGUAAGUCAUGCGAAGCAGUCUGGAGUGAAUUCUUUCAUCGGUCUGAGAUUGGUGUCUGCUGCUCCGGUUGCUGUUAUGCCUGGUGCUUGCACCGCCACCACUACCGCCACCACUACUGAAGCGGCAGCAUCAGCAAUAGCAACGGCACCACCAGCAGCAUGGGCUGGUGCUGGAUCCAGUCGUCUUCCCUCCCUUGCUCUCCUUGCAAGCAGCAGAAGCAAAGUCACUUCAAUCAGACCAGUAGCUCCGUCUGCUGCUAAUCACUUCACAACCACUGCGCCUCUAACCAACACAUCAGCCACCGCACCUGCCGUGCCUGCUACAGCCGCUACUGCUUCUCCUGCUACAGCUGCCACUCGUGGUGCUGCCUUUGCUGAUGCCGCACCUGCUGCACACACGCGCGAGCGCAUGAUGGAAGGGGAGGGUGCGGCUGUAUCGUCUCCUGGUAUCCACUCGUAUCCUCCGUUCGAGCCCACUGCGGCUGCUGCGGUGCGUACUGGUGUUGGUGUGGCAGGGAACUGUGCAGCACCCGGCUUUUGGACUGAAUCUCCUGUGGCAGCUUCUGCUGCUGCUGCUGCUGCUGGUGGUGGGAGUGGUGGCGGCUCUAAUGAAAGAAAUGGCGCUGGCGCUGGCGGUGAUGGUGUUAAUGGUGGUGGCAAUGGUGGUGGUGGUGUUGGUGGUGGUGGUGGUGGUGUUGGUGGCGGUGGUGUUUCUGCUGCUGCUGGAGGCAUGCGAUUGUAUCAGUACCGUAUGCAGCAGCAGCAGCAGCAGCAGCAGGAACAGCAGGAGCGGCAAUGGCCAGUGUUGAACCCGCAUGCGAGGGAGCGCUUAGCACCACCCCAGCAGCGUGCAGCUGACACCCUCAGCGAUCCUAGCGGUGCUGCCUGUGCUCCUGCUGGUGCUGCUGCUGGUGUUGUGCAAAGGGCACCAGUGGUGCAGGCAGCAGCAGGGGGAGGCGGAGCAGCAGAGGGCAGUCAAGGCACGUCUAGCAGCAGCCCAGGCACGUCACGGUCACUGGCACGCAAGGGGAGUGAAGAAGGUGCCUCAAGGGUAGAUGCUAGCAGGCAGCAGCAACAGCAACAGCAAUUGCAGCAGCGGCAGGGAGAGGAACAGGGCGGUACAGAGCGGAACAGCCACGAGGGGUUUCAGGGGGAGGAGGAGGACGAGGGGGAGGCGAAUGAGCAAGAGGAGGAGGCGGGUAAGGAGCAGAGGGAGAGGGAGCGUAGGAGAGAGUUGUUGCUGCAGUCGUUGCGGAAUGGAACACAGCAGUCCACUCGACCUCGGAGCGUGGCGGAGAGGAAGCGACGCAGCAAGAUCAGCGAGCGUUUGGACAAUCUGAAGGAGACCCUGCCCAUCUGGAACCCGCGCAUGGACACGGCGACCAUGCUGGACGCGGCGGUGAACUACAUCGGGCUGCUCAAGCGCGAGGUGCGGCGCCUGCAGGUGGAGUGCGAGGAGCUGGGCAAGGGGCUGCCCCCGGGGGCCAAACGACCGCGCGUGACGAUUGAUGACGACAUGGAGACCCAGAGCACUGCUGCUGCUGCUGCUACUGCUGCUGCUGCUGCUGCUGCUGCUGCUGCUGCUGCUGCCGCUGCUGCUGCGGCGGCGGCGGCGGCCGCAGCUGUUGCUGAAGCAGGAAUGGGCUGCCCCCGGUGGUGA